AUGCCCUUAUCGAUCGCUCAGGAAUGGAAACAUAUAGACGAACAUUCAUGGACAAGGCCACUCUGGUCAGCCGAAAGGUGUCUUGACAAUGAUAGCACGAAAGGCGAUGGACUCUACAAUAUCACUCGAGCGAUCUCUUUUUCUACGUCGAUCCCGAGAGAAAUUGUCACUGAGGAGCUUGUUGCUCAAGCGUGGAUCAAGACUCGUCAAUUGAAGCCCGAAGUUGGCGUUAGGUUUACGCCGGAUCAGGUGUCUGGGGCAAAUCGCAUGCAGUAUGAUGUUAUCUCAUCGGAGGACGAAGAACGACAAUGGCUUGAAGACACGCUUGUCUAUUCAAAGUCUAGCAACUGGCGAACCUUGUUCAACAGGUGCAUCGGACGAAGCCUCGCCACAGGGACUCGAGGUGGAUCUGCCUUGCUUGUCUUCGUACCGGGCGUCGAAUACCACAUUGCUAUCAUCAACAUCUCCCAUGUCAUUAACGACGCCACCGGCAAUCAUGCUCUCUUCGCCACGUUUCUCCAGUCCCUGCUUGACGUGGCUUACGCCCCACAACCAAAACAUCAUAUCUGGGGAGAAGAAGUCUCUCGUCUUCCUCAGAGUGCUCAAGGCGCGCUCGAGGAAGUGAUGGGCAAGGCCACGACGGAGCAGCUGCGACUGGGAGAAGAGCACUACAAAUAUCAGCUGUCGGCCUUCUCAAAGCGGUAUAUUUCCUUCCCCAUCCGCGAGAACUUUAGAGACUUGCCGCGGACGACGGGUUAUGCACACAUCUCCUUGGAUGAGAGGGAGACGAAUCACCUCCUGAAGAAAGCUAAGUCCAGAGAGAUAUCCCUGACCUUCGUCAUCGUCGCUGCUUUGGGCGUAGCGAUGGAGAAGCUGUUCGGUACCAAGACGGAAGAGGGAUCCGUUUUCAUGUUCACAUGCAACACUCGAAGAUGGUCGAACCCCAGCGAACGUAACAUUGCGUCGUCGAUGGCUUCCGCUAUCAACUUCGUUUGGGCUCCCAAGGAACUCAAAACAGAUAUUGGUUCCGUGGCCACGGCAGGAGCCGCUGAUAACGUUGCUUUGGAAGUAUACGCACGCCAUCUUCAGGGCGAGUUGAAAGCCAUGCUGAAUACGCCCAAGUCGGUUUGGGGAUACUCGUAUCUUACUCCGGGGUAUUGCGGGGCACUUGAUAACGUUGACUGGAAUCAACCGCGGCCAGCUGGGUUGGCGGUGUCCUCGCUGAACAGGAUUGAGAGGGGUCUCCCUGAUAAAUACACUAGUAAGGACGGCGAACACACGAUAUCCCUUGCACCAGAUGGGUACCGCGUUCAGCUCAGGCAGAUAGAUUUCCAGCCGUGGUCCCACAUAUACACAUUUCAGGGUAAACUUACUGUCACUUUGGAGUUCUGCGUCAAGUACUACAAGCCGGAGGUUAUGCAGAGGGUUCUUGACUCUGCCAGUGACAUACUAAAGAGCUAUUCUUGCCGGUUGUAA